CUCUAAAUAUAUAUGUAUGUAUGUGUAUAUAUAUAUAAACCCCAUCUCUCCAUAAUUUAUCAUCAUCAUAAUCUUACUACUAAUCCAGCUCAAUAACCCACCCCUUAUAAAUUCCAUCUCUAUAUCUAUAUAUUAUUCAUCAAAAUAUCUGUGUGAAUAUUCAAUCAAUUAUAAGAGUCGUUGAUCCGAUGGAUGAAAAGAAAGAAAGAAGAAAGUACGGUAGUGAAAAUGAAGAAGAGAUAUUAAUGGAGGACCUAAGAAGAGGGCCAUGGACAGUUGAAGAAGACUUCACCUUAAUCAACUACAUAGCUCACCACGGUGAAGGCCGUUGGAACUCUCUUUCUCGUUGCGCCGGGUUAAAGAGAACAGGGAAGAGCUGCAGAUUAAGAUGGCUGAACUACUUAAGGCCAGAUGUACGUCGUGGUAAUAUCACUCUCGAAGAACAACUCUUGAUUCUCGAACUACAUUCUCGUUGGGGCAAUCGGUGGUCGAAAAUAGCACAGCAUUUGCCGGGAAGAACAGAUAACGAAAUAAAGAAUUACUGGAGAACAAGAGUGCAAAAACACGCAAAGCAGCUAAAAUGUGACGUCAACAGCAAGCAAUUCAAGGACACCAUGCGCUACCUUUGGAUGCCCAGAUUAGUCGAGCGUAUCCAAUCCCAAUCCCAAUCCCAAGCCACCGGAACUCCCGCCUCCGCCGCCACCACUUACAACGUCGUCAUCAACACCCAUCAGAACGCGGAUAUAAUUAAUCUUGACAUGGGCUCCGCUCAAAUCUCAUCAGUUCCCCAGCCGCAUGAUGUAACUAAUAUCAUCCGUGGUGGUGGUGGUGGCAGCUUGGAGAACUCGAGCGCCGCGGUGUCGUCAGAUUCUUUUGGGACGCCGGUUUCUGACAUGACGACGGACUGCUACAAUAACUACGUCGUCCCUCUUAAUCAUGAUCUUAAUCAAGAUUAUUAUCCACCUGCUGCCGCUGCUGCUAAUAAUAAUAAUAUUAAUUAUCAUCAUCAUCACCAACACCUUUCUUCUUAUAAUUAUGAUGAUGACCAAUCUAAUAAUUUAACCAGCCCCUCUGGUUACUUUAACCAAGCUGGCGGGAUGGAUUUCGUUGAUCACCAAAACAGCCAAUGGAAUAUGGACGGUGGAGAUGUCUCCGACAACAUCUGGAAUGUUGAUGAUAUGUGGUUCUUACAACCGUAAUUCUUCUCUAUAUAAUAAAUAUCAACGUACAAGCUAAGAACAUACACAUACAUAAAACCCUAGAAAUUAAUUACUUAAUUACACUACUCGUUUUUAUUUUUUUAUUUUUAGGAUAAUUAAUUCUUCACAUAAUUUGUGGAGAAGCCAAGGAUUUUAAUUUUUUAAUAAUUUAUAUGCUUUGUAUUGUUAUUUUUUGGUUUGAUUUUAUAUAUAGUGUGUACGUAGUUUGUGUCGAUUAAUUAAUAGAGACAAAUUGUAACUUGAUGAGGGUGAAUAAUUAUUUAAUUCUACUAGCUA